AUGAAAGAAGGCCAAACCAUUACUGAAAAGUACCGUAAGCAUCCAUUAGACCGCACAGAGGAUGCAAGAUUUUCCCAGCAUAGUCUUACACCUAAGCAAAGAGAAUCCACUUGGAACCAGCUCCGCGACAACUUAUUAUCUCAUCAACAUGCGCUUCUUGGUUUUCAGAGUAAUCAAAGUUUCGCCUGCGAAAGAGCGAAACCAUUUUUUGAUAUCGCACUGAACAAUAUUGGAGAUCCAUUCUUAGUACAAGGGCAAUAUGCGCUUAAUACUAAGAUCAUUGAAUGUAGCGUGCUGGAUUAUUUUGCUAAGCUCUGGGGGAUACAGCAAUCCAAUCCUUCAAAUGAGGAAGAACGGAAAUACUGGGGUUACGUUACGUCCAUGGGCUGCACCGAAGCUAAUCAUCUCGCAUUGUAUAAUGCAAGGGAAUACUUAGCCGGAAUGCCUCUCAGUAAUCCCAUCUUGUGCAAUACGUGUAGUCCUGUUGUGAGGCCACCUAUUUGGUCCCACAGACAACGCAAAGAAGAAUUAUCAAAUGCGCAGCCAAGGGACAAUCCUAACGCUUUUACACCAGUUGUAUUCUUUUCAGAAGAAAACUUUCACGGCCUUGCAAAAACCUUGAGAAUGUUACAGAUGAAAACGUUUUGUGAUGUUGGCAGUGGACAUUUUUCUUGCCCGUUGAAAUAUCCAGAUGAUUAUCCUUCCAGUUUUAAUGAAGAAUCCCUUGAUCAAGACGGCUGGCCACGUGCAGUACCUGUGGAAGCGGAUGGGUCGAUUAGCAUCCCAUGCCUUGUGAAACUU